AGCCCGGGCCGGCCAGCGCUCGCCGCGGGGCAGAGUCCGGGACCGCCCCCCGCUCCUCCCCCGGGGGACGGGCUGCGGCUCCCGCGGGCCGAAAGCGAGAGGAGGGCGGCUCGGGCGGGGCGCGCAGCCGAGGGAGCCGUUGCCCGCCGCACUGCGCCCGAGCCAGGCGCCGCGUCGGGACCUCGAGCACCGAGCGGAGGCGAUGCCGGCGCCCGCCCGCCGGCCCCGCGACCGCUGAAGCGCCCGCCGCGAUGGAGCUGCGGGUCCUGUGCGGCGUCCUCUACUGGCUGCUGCUGCCGCUCUCGCUCCUGGCGGCGUGCCUCUUCCGGUUCAACGGCCUCUCUCUUGCGUACCUUGUCUACCUCCUGCUCUUGCCGUGGUUCCUGGGCCCGACAGAAGAAACUAUUAAAGGUCACACUGGACGACUCCUCCGCGCUGUCUUGGGAACCAGCAUUGUUUUCCUUCUUGCUCAUUUGAUCUUCCAAAUAUGCCUUUACACUGUGCCCAGCUUGGACCAGCUCCUGGGGAGCAACUGCAGCACGUGGGAAACACUCUCUCAGCACAUCGGGGUCACAAGGCUGGACCUAAACGACAUCCCCAAUUCGAUGCGCUUGGUAGCCCCCGACGUGGGGAUCCUGCUGGUCUCGGCCAUCUGCCUUGGCGUCUGCAGCCGUUUGCAGCCAGCAAGAGGCACCAUCCCCUGGAGCAAGGCGUCUGAACAGGAAGAAGCGGCCAUAGAUGAGGGCCAGUCAAAGCCCCAAGGAGGAGCUGAUGUUCUGGCCCCGGACUCUCUGAGGCAGCGGGCGCAGUUGGCCGCUCGGCUCCGGGUAACGGCUCACGGGUUCUUGAUGGUGGUUGGAAAAAUCUUGGCUCUUGUGCUACUUGCACUGGCAGGGAUCACCUUGCCCUCCGCCUUCUCCAGUGUCUACUACCUGCUGUUUGUGGGCCUCAGCACCUGGUGGGCCUGCCAUUUCUCCAUUAGCCACCUGGCCUUCAACACUUUGUGCGUCAUGGUUGACGUCUUUGCCGGGGGCCACCUCAUUUGCCUGUAUGGCUACCAGACCCCCUUCAUGCAGAAAGUCUUUCCACCCACUGGCCUCUGGGCACGGUUAUUUGGCUUGAAGGCCAUCAUCCUCCCCGCAGACUGCAGCCAGCCCAACUUGCUGCUGCUCGACGUCAGCCUCCCCUGGCCUGUGUAUGUGAAUCCGGGCAUCCUCUUGCUGCUCUAUUACGUUUUGGCUACCUUGGUGAAGCUCCGAAGGUUGCACUCCUGUGAGCAGAGAGAUUCCGAGUCUUCAACCUCAGAGGUUCUGGAGCUGGAAAACCGGUCGAAGCGCAAAGACCACCUGCCUGAAGACGCCAAGCCGAUGCUGAUCCAGGAGACCGAGGCUUCUGGGGCAGACCCUGAGGACCACACUGUGCAUGAGCUUGAGGGGACCAAUCACUCAGCCAUCCAGAAGCAGGAGCGUCACAAGGAGAAGCUGCAGCUGCUUCAUUCCUUGGGCCACGUCGUCAUGAAGCAGAGCUACGUUUGCGCCCUCAUUGCAAUGAUGGUGUGGAGCAUCACCUACCACAGCUGGCUGACCUUUGUGCUGUUGCUGUGGGCAUGCCUCAUCUGGAUCGUGCGCAACAGGCACCACUUUGCCAUGCUGUGCUCCCCCUUCAUCCUUCUGUAUGGCAUCACCCUCUGCAGCCUGCAAUACGUGUGGGGGAUGGACCUGGAACGGGAACUGCCAACCAAGGUUGGCUUCAUGCCCCUGGAGCAGCUGGGGCUGGUGCGACCCCCGUACCCCUGCCUGUACCUAGGAGCCAAGCUCCUUUAUACCUUGACCUUUUGGCUUCUGGUGCGACAAUUCGUGAAGGAGAAGCUGCUGAAAAAGAAACCUGUUUCUGCCCCGCUGAUGGAAGUGACCGUUACAGAGGCUGGGCCAGGCCCCAAGCGUGAUGUCCUGAAGGUCCUGGGGAGCUACGUGAAAGGCUUCUACGCCAAGUUCUGGAUCUUAGUCUGUGCAGGCAUGUUCAUUGUGGUCAGCUUUGCUGGACGCCUGGUGGUCUACAAAAUUGUCUACAUGUUCCUCUUCCUCCUGUUCCUCACCCUCUUCCAGGUCUACUACAGUCUCUGGCGGAAACUCUUGAAGGCCUUCUGGUGGUUUGUGGUCGCUUACACCAUGCUGGUUCUUAUAGCUGUUUACACCUUCCAGUUCGAGGACUUCCCCAUGUACUGGAGGAACCUCACCCAUCUGACUGAUGAACAACUGGGUGACCUCGGCCUGGAGCAAUUCAGCGUCUCAGAGCUCUUCUCCAGCAUCUUCAUCCCCGGCUUCUUCCUGCUGGCCUGUAUCCUUCAGCUCCACUACUUCCACCGUCCGUUCAUGCGCAUCACCGACCUGGAGCGCAUCAUCUCACCAGGGAAGGGAGAGAUUAGUGGGAGCCAGGUGCUGCUUCCGGCUGAAGGUGGCGAAGCAGAAGACCGUGAGCCAGAAGACGACAUUGAUGCCUCUUCGGAGGAGGGCGCGCCCGGCAAGUGGGGCCUUGUGCUGGAACGUCUGUUGGUGCUGGGGAAGAGGUUCUCGGACAUUCUCGGCCACAUCCAGGUCUUUGUCCUGCGCCUGCUGGAGCUGCACAUUUUGAAGUUGGUGGCUCUGUACAUCAUCUGGGUCACUUUGCAGGAGGUGUCGGUGAUGAACUUCCUGCUGGUGGUGCUCUGGGCCUUUGCUGUGCCCUACAGCCGCUUCUGCCACAUGGCCUCUUGCCUCUCCACCAUCUGGGCCUGCAUCAUCAUUGUCUGCAAGAUGCUGUACCAGUUGAAGAUUGUCAACCCACAAGACUAUGCCAAUAACUGCAGCUUGCCUCUGCUCAAUAGCACCAACCUCCAGCCAGAGGAGAUCGGCAAUUCUACCCUCUACCAGGGACCCGUCGACCCAGCAAAUUGGUUUGGUAUCCGCAAGAGAUACCCCAACCUGGGUUACAUCCAGAACCAUCUGCAAGUUUUGGUCCUGCUGGUUUUUGAAGCUGUUGUGUAUCGAUGCCAGGAGUACUAUCGCAAGCAACACCAGCUGGUGCCUCCGCUCACCCAGACCAUCUUUGAGGAUGCAACACGGCAGAACCUAGAUAAAGGCCUGCUGAACUGCAUCAAGUACUUCAUCAACUACUUCUUCUACAAGUUUGGCCUUGAGAUUUGCUUUCUAGUGACGGUGAACGUGAUUGGCCAGCGCAUGAACUUCAUGGUGAUCUUCCACGGAUGCUGGCUGGUUGUCAUCCUGACACGGAGGCGGCGUCAGGCCAUUGCCAAGCUCUGGCCCAAGUACUGUCUCUUCCUGGCCCUCUUCCUCAUCUUCCAGUACCUUCUCUGUGUUGGGAUUCCUCCAGUUCUCUGCAUCGAUUACCCCUGGAGGUGGAGCCACACCCUUCCCAUCACCUCUGUUCUCAUCAAGUGGAUGUACUUCCCUGACUUCUUCGUGAAACCCAAUUCUAUCAAUCUCAUGAGCGACUUCCUCUUGCUGCUCUGCGCAUCUCAGCAGUGGAAAGUCUUUGCCAAUGAGCAAACGGAGGAGUGGGUGCAAUUGGCUGGUGACAACAGGGAGCAGCUUGAGCCCCUGCAGGGGGAGCCAAACCCGGUGCCCAAUUUUGUCAAUUGCAGGUCCUACCUGGACAUGGUCAAGGUGUGUGUGUUCUGCUACCUCUUCUGGUUCGUCUUGGUCAUCGUCUUCGUCGCGGGGGCCAAUCGCAUCAGCAUCUUUGGCCUGGGCUACCUGAUGGCCUGCUUCUAUCUGCUGCUUUUUGGCACUGCCAUGUUGCGCUGGUCCCUGCGAGCCCGCCUGAUACUGUGGGACUGCUUGAUUCUCUACAAUGUGACGGUGAUCAUCGCCAAGAAUAUGCUCUCGCUCCUGUCCUGCGUUUUCGUCCAGCAAAUGCAGAACAGCUUCUGUUGGGUCAUUCAGCUCUUCAGCCUGGCCUGCACCGUCAAGGGAUACUAUGACCCCAAGGAUGUGGACAAGAACCAGGACUGCACGCUGCCUGUGGAGGAAGCCGGCAUCAUCUGGGACAGCAUCUGUUUCAUUUUUCUGCUCCUCCAGCGCAGAGUCUUCCUCAGCUACUACUUUUUGCAUGUCUUGGCUGACCUCAGGGCUUCAGCCCUGCAGGCCUCCAGGGGCUUUGCACUUUUCAAAGCCAGGAUGAUCAAGCAGAUGACCUCCCACCACCAGGCUGAAAAGAAAUCAUUGGUCCAACUUAAGCGGCAGAUGCAACGGAUUCGAGCCAAGCAGGAGAAGUACCACCAGGGACAGCUGGCCAGAGAUUCCGAGGAGGCCACGGAGGCAGACACGCCAGCCUCAGGCACCAGGAAGGACCCUGCCCAGCAAAGGAAGCGCUGGUGGCGCCCGUGGUUGGAUCACGCCACAGUGCUGCACUCAGGGGAUUACUUCUUGUUUGAGACGGACAGCGAGGAGGAUGAGGAAUCAGCCGUGGAGGAUCCGAGGCCCCCAAAGCAGAGUGCCUUCCAGCUGGCCUACCAGGCCUGGGUCACCAACACCAAGUCCGUGCUGCGUGAGCACCAGCGCCAGGAGAAAGAGGAACAGGAGAGGGAUCCAGCCCAAGACGCCUCUUCCCCAGGUGAUGAAACCAAAGAGGAGACUCAGCCAGGUGAAUUGCCAGAUGAGAGUUGCAGCCAGGAGGAGGAGGAGGAGGAGACAGCUUCAGGGAAGAGCCACGUCGUGCAGCGGGUGCUCAACGGCCUGCGCUUCCUGUGGGUGCUGUGCCAGGCCAUGGUGGACAGCCUGACCCGGUGGCUGCAGGCCUUCACCAAGGAGCAUGAGCAUCUGUCCACCAUCCUGGGCCUGGAGAGGUUUGUGCUCGCCCAGCAGCUGGAUCAGGCAGAGGAAGUACAGAGGGGCAUCCUGGACAGGUUGUACCAGCCGCCCCCACCGGCCGACAACACCUCGGAGGACACAGCCUUGCCUGGGACAGCGGCAGAAUCGCCCAACAGCAUGGCUUCCAGGCAGUGGCUGCGACGGGGCGAGGUCUUCAGCGCUGAAAGUACCGGCUACGACUCCCGGAGCGCCAGCGAGGAGCAAAUUCCAGCUGCGGAUCCUCCGGACAACGCGGGGCUCCUUCCCAGCAGCUCCCAGGAGCUGCUGGCUUGCGCCAAGGGCCGACCCCGCACCGCCAGCGAAUUGCUACUGAGCAGGCACGUCUCUUUCGAGGAGUUGGAAGAAUCCAAGGAGUUCUACCGUUCCCAGAACUGCUUUGUGCAGCUGCUGCUGGCCUGUUACCACCUCGUGGCAGGGCACUCGGACCUGCUGUGCUACUUCAUCAUCGUCCUCAACAACAUGGUCACGGCCUCGGUCAUCUCGAUCGUCCUGCCCAUCCUCGUCUUCCUGUGGGCCAUGCUGUCCAUCCCACGUCCCAGCAAGUGCUUCUGGAUGACGGCCAUCGUGUUCACAGAGGUGAUGGUGGUGCUGAAGUACCUUUUCCAGUUCGGCUUCUUCCCCUGGAAUAGCUACACCACUAUGGUGCGCUAUGAGGGCAAGCCUUUCUUUGCCCCUCGCAUCCUGGGCAUCGAGAAAACCGACAACUACAUCAAAUACGACCUGAUCCAGCUGUUGGUGCUCUUCUUUCACCGCUCCCUGCUCCUGAGCUACGGCCUGUGGGACCACGGAGAAGACCUGCUGGCCAAACCUCAGCUGGAGAGAGGAGAAUCGCCAGUGUCAACCAAGGAAAAGGAAGAGUUGGAAGAGCCUUUGGCAUCGGCCAGCCUUGCGGCAGAGAACGUGGUGGAGGAGGCAGAGGGGAAGCCAGAACCAGAGGUGCAGAAGGGGAUCCGCUCACGGUUCAGAAGGAAAAAGCGAAAGAAGCAGCAGCUGAACAUAUCUCCAGACGAGCAAGGGGAAGCAGCCCCAGAAAUUCAGGAGCAGGAAGGAGAGGAGGAGGAAGAGAAGGAGAAGAAGAAGAAAAAAUCGGGCCCAUCCCGAGAAAAGGUUAAGGCUGCCAAACGCCGAAUGACAUACUUCUUUGUCUCUGCAGCAGAGCGCAUGCUCCGGCCAGCACGGCAGUUCUUCCAGGACAUUCUGCACAGCAAGUACCGCGCCGCCACGGAUGUCUAUGCUCUCAUGUUCCUGGCUGAUGUGGUAGACUUCAUCAUCAUCAUUUUUGGCUUCUGGGCCUUUGGAAAACACUCUGCGGCAGCCGACAUCGCGUCCUCGCUCUCCGAAGACCAGGUGCCCCAGGCGUUCCUGGUGAUGCUGCUGAUUCAGUUCUCCACCAUGGUCGUAGACCGGGCGCUCUACCUGCGCAAGAGUGUCCUGGGUAAACUCAUCUUCCAGAUCAUCUUGGUCUUCGGCAUUCACAUCUGGAUGUUCUUUAUUUUACCUGCAGUCACUGAGAGGAGGUUCAGCUUGAAUACCGUGGCCCAGCUGUGGUACUUUGUGAAGUGCAUCUACUUUGGCCUCUCCGCCUACCAGAUUCGCUGUGGUUACCCUACUCGCAUCUUGGGGAAUUUCCUCACCAAGAAAUACAACCACCUGAACCUCUUCCUCUUCCAAGGGUUUCGCCUGGUGCCUUUCUUGGUGGAGCUGCGAGCCGUCAUGGACUGGGUCUGGACUGACACCACCUUGUCCCUCUCCAACUGGAUGUGUGUGGAAGACAUCUAUGCCAACAUCUUCAUCAUCAAGUGUAGUCGAGAGACAGAGAAGAAAUACCCACAACCCAAGGGUCAGAAAAAGAAGAAGAUUGUCAAAUACGGCAUGGGGGGCCUCAUCAUCCUCUUCCUCAUCUGCAUCAUCUGGUUCCCGCUGCUCUUCAUGUCGCUCGUGCGCUCCGUGGUGGGUGUGGUCAAUCACCCCAUCGACGUCACCGUCGCCCUCAAGUUGGGUGGCUACGAGCCCCUCUUCACCAUGAGUGCUCAGCAGCAGUCCAUCCAAGCUUUCACUUCCCAGGACUAUGAAAAGUUGACGGAUAAGUUUGAACGGCAGCCGCUGGCCAUGCAGUUCAUCACCCAGUACGGCUACGAGGACAUCACCUGGGCCCGCAUCGAGGGAAGCUCGGGGUCCUUGUGGAGCAUCAGCCCUCCCAGCCGGAAGCAGCUUUGGCAGGAGUUGCGCGAUGGUUCCUCAGACAUCACCCUGCGCUUCACCUGGAAUUUCCAAAGGGAUCUCCGCAAAGGAGGGAAGACGGAAUACACCACCCAGAAGCACACCAUGGAUCUGGGCCAGAACAGCCUCGUGAGGCGAAAUCUGGCUAGGCUGCUGCAGGGCACCCAUCGUGACCCUGUGCGGAUUUCCCAUCUCUUCCCACCCUAUAUACGGGCGCCCAGUGGCCCCGAGGCUGACCCCGUUGAGGCCCUGCUCCCAGACGGGGAGGAGAGCUACGUGGAUGUUGAAGUGCAGCUGAAACAGCAGCAGGUCCAGCCUGGGAACAGCAGCACCAGCGUCCUGGAGUGGUGGAUGAUCCAGCUGGCUGACUGCCAGUCAGACUGCCACAUCCUGCCCAUGGUCAUCUUCAGUGACAAAGUCAGCCCCCCCAGCCUUGGCUUCCUGGCAGGAUACGGGAUCCUGGGUCUUUACGUCUCCAUCGUGCUGGUGAUUGGCAAGUUCGUGCGGGGCUUCUUCAGCGAGAUCUCCCACUCCAUCAUGUUUGAGGAGCUGCCCUGCGUCGACCGCAUCCUUAAGCUGUGCAACAACGUCUUUCUGGUUCGGGAGACCGGAGAACUGGAGUUAGAAGAGGAGCUGUACGCUAAGCUCAUCUUCCUGUACCGCUCACCGGAGACGAUGAUCAAGUGGACACGGGAGAAGGAAUGAGGGGAGGUGGGAUGGCCAGAACGGGACUGAACUCCCUUCGCCCACCGGAACAGCCUUUGAGGACUAGAUGACAAAGAUGUGGG